AUGAAGCUGGAUGCAGAAAACCACCAGCACGAAAUCAUCAGUAUCAUCAGUGAGCUUGCAGGUGACACCAAGUGCAGCAGGAGCGUCGAUCUGCGCGAGGACAGGGAGGGUCCACAGAGAGACUUGGAGAGGUCUGUCUAUGAUGGAGAAGAACAUGGUCGUUUCAUGGAGAAGCUGGAAGCACGAAUCAGAAACCACGAUCGUGAGAUUGAGAAAAUGUGCAACUUCCAUUACCAGGGCUUUGUGGACUCCAUCACAGAGCUGCUGAAAGUUAGAGGAGAAGCUCAAAAACUGAAGAAUCAAGUGACGGACACCAACCGAAAGCUGCAGAAUGAAGGAAAAGAAUUGAUAAUAGCAAUGGAAGAGCUGAAGCAAUGCCGGUUACAACAGAGGAAUAUUUCAGCGACGGUUGAUAAGCUAACGCUGUGUCUUCCUGUCCUGGAGAUGUACAGCAAACUGCGAGAGCAAAUGAAAUCUAAAAGGCAAUACCCUGUCCUGGGAUUUGACGGCUUCAUUCACCAAGCGUAG